UUAUACUGCCUGUGCUCACUAUGCUGUCUGUGUAUAUUACUGUAUGCUGCUUUUCUAUCAGUCAAAAAUCAGUCUCUGAUGCAUUCAUGCAUCAUUCACGAUGCAUUUCAGUGUUUCCCAGAACUGAGAUGGAUUAGUACAUAUUUGUUUAUCAUGUGUUUGACAUCAGGGCUGGCAGAGGGAAAGUAUUUGGUUGUGGGGAAGGUUUUGAAAAGCAGGGGGUCGGGUUUCAGCCAUCCCUCUCCUAUUUCUCAUUUGAAUCGGUGCUGCACAGCCCCUCACUCUCACUCAGGCUCAGCCCUUCACUCUCACUGAGGCUCAGCCCCUCACUCUCACUGAGGCUCACAGGCUGGGGCUGCACAUUUUGGAAGCUUUGAAGCCGAAAAACAUUCCUGGACUUUCCUGUAACAAAGCGAGGCUCUAAUGUGAACCAGAGGGUGCGGUGUGAGAUCCUCCUCCUGCCUGCUCUCCAUACCCUGAUGAGUCCUGAGCCACGGCACAGCUUCAGCCUCUCCGCAGACCUAUCGUUUGAUUGACAGUCUGAUUACACCUGUGAGGAUGCCUGGUGUGUAUGUCGUUCUGGCUUUGCUGGCGUUGUGGGGACACGGUGCGGUGCUGGCGGAACCCCCGAAAGGCAGGAGGUCCUACUCAAGGGAUGGGUCGUCUGGAUCCUCUAGAUCUUUGCCUCAGGGGAACCCUGGAGCUGAGACAGCUGGGCUGGCCCCAGAGCUGGACUUCAUGGCCGAGUUUUUCGGAAAGUACCGUCUGUGGGUGAUCACGGCCCCCUCCCACACGGACAACUACCUUGUCAUGAUGGAGAAGCAGAUCCAGGACAUGGAGACGGAGGGGCUAAACUGCCGCCUGGCCGAGAGGGACACCCUCAUAGUCACCAUCGUCCAGAACGCCAUGAUGGAGGGCAAAAUACGGCGAAGCAACGCGCAGGGAGACACCACAGAGGAGAGCUUAGAUUCGGACAUGGUGACCAAACUCCUCCACUACUUGCAGAUAGAAGACCAGAGCUUCUCCAUGCUCAUCCUCAAGAAGAACCUCAAGGUGGGAGAGUCGUUCCCCUAUCCCGUCCGAGUCGCAGCUAUCCUGGAGGCAAUAGACCAGCUGCCCGCGCGGAAACUGGAGAAGGUGACUCGCAAGGGCUCUACACAGAAAUGUAAGAUCAUUAAGAAGAGGUUAGUGGUGAAGAAGCCGCCCGCUGCCAAAAGGAGAGACUUCAGUCCCCAGAGGCUAGGAAAUGUGACUGUUGUCAGCACCAACCUACGGAUGCCUGUUGACAAGAAGGAGGCUCUGAAGAAUAAAGUCCAGACCAUCCUCAGUGGACACUCCAGAUUUGUCAUCCGCAAAGCACCAGCAGUGUCAAAAGGAGCCUUUUCCCCUCUGUCAUUUACCACUGAUGCUCAAGACAACCAGAGAGGAAUAGGGAGUAGCGAUGGAAACCAUGGAAACCGAAGAGGGAACAAGCAUGAAGCUACCACAGAAGUGGAGGAAGUGAAAGAUCUGGACGAAGCCAAUCACCACCCAGCACAGGGGCAAACAAAUGGGAAGUCCAAGUCCAAAAAGAAAGGGAAAGGGAAGAAGGACAGGAAAAAGAAGGGAAAGAGAGGAGGGAAGACGUCAGAGGCACGUGGAACAGAGACGGGAGCACUCAAAGAUUUCCUACAGAAAUUCCAGGGGAAAAGGAGAUUAAUGAUCCUUUCGGCCUCCAGUAACGUGGACAGCCAGUAUGAAAAACAGAAGGCGCUGAACGAGCAGCAUCAGUGCGACCUCGCUCUGAGGAAGGUCUCCAUGCUGUCCAUCCUCGGAUCCGAGCGCAACGCCAUGCUAACCCUCCAACACUAUCAGUUGGAUUCGGACACUCCUUCUGAGGCCCUCACUGAUGGGAUGGCAGAUGCUGAUUUGAUUGCACAGCUGCUGAAAGAGUAUGGAAUAACUACAAAAGAAUUCUCUAUGGUGGUCACAGACUAUGAUUGGAGGCCUAAGAGGGCUUUUACGAAACCAGCAGCUGUGGCGGACCUUACCAAGGUCAUAGACACCUUCCCCUCCAGACAACCUGAGAAGGAGCAGGAGAAAGCGGGCCCAUCCAUUUGCUCUGGAUCCAGCGCAGCCCAAAACUCCCUACUCAGGUUCAUGUCCAAACGGAGGCUCCUUAUCAUCUCUGCUCCAUCUGAGGGUGACUACUAUCUCCAGCAGCAGCUACAGGUCAUGAGAGGACAGGGCUGUCCUAUGGGUAUCCGCCAUUUUGCGUUGCUGAAAUUAAUUGGGUCGGGACCAGUAGCUUCCGGAACAGUAGAGCUGUUUCCACUUAAUGGAAAGAGCCAGACUGAGAAAGAGCCACUGUCUCAAGACGUGGUGAAUGGCCUCCGGGACCAGCUGAAGAUCAGCAAGGACUACUUCAGCAUGGUGGUGGUGGGCAAGGACGGCGAGCCCAAGGCCUGGUUCCCCUCUCCCAUGUGGUCGCUGGCCAACAUCUACGACCUAGUUGACUCCAUGGAGCUCCGUCAGCAGGAGGAGAAGCUCCAGAGGACCCUGGGCAUCCACUGCCCGGAGGACGGCGGCGCCACGGACCACGGCUACGACCCGGGGGCCGAGGACGGCUACCUCUACCACAGGCCAGAAGAGUAGAGGACGCAGGACUGCAGACGGAGCUGGGGAGACGUCCGAUCAGAAGAGCAGCUGAAGACCUCCACGGCACUCUCAGGUGGCGGCUGAUUCCAGAGUAGAUGUGGUCCUGUUCUGAACCAUUAAGUCUGGACACGAUACGGACCCGAUCUGAUCUGCAGUCAGCUGCCAACUGGUUUCUAGGGAGGACAUUAGUCCAUGGUGAAUGGAGUGGGGUGAUUCACACUAAACGAAAUUACUUAACAGCUGCUUCGCCAGCUCUGGCUUAGAGACUUCUCGAUUAAAGCAUUCUUUUCUUUUCAUUUCAUUUUCAUUCAUUUCUGUUCCUGUUCCUGUACCAUGUUUAUGGACUUCCUGUCUGAAUGGUCACCGUAAGAACUGUUUUAUUUAGCGAUCAACUGCACAAUAAAUCAGAUAAAGAAGAAGAAGAAAAGAAAAAAAAGAAAGAAAGAAGCACAGCAUCGCCUCUUGGUCCUUGUUCUCUUGAAAUAUAUCUCUGAGUUCCCUAGCAGCGAUUCUUAACAGUGUUGUUGACUGAGUGCUGUGACCUGUAGGUGUGAAGAUAACAUCUGUUUCUUAAAUCAUUCCUGUGUGGAACGAAACCAUCAAACACUUGUCUGUCACAAAAUGACUGGGGGGCACGCGCCUGCUUUGACUUGGGCGGUUCUGAGUAGUGCCCGUGUGUGAGGAGUUGAUUUUGGGGUGUAGAAACAUGUACGUCUUCUGAUAAUGAACCAGCAAUAAAAACAUCACAUUUAGAUGAUGUA